AUGCAUCUGUGUGCCACAGACCGCUUCGUAUGGUCGAAAAACAGGCGUGUAGACUGGAGGUAUGAGUUGUUCGUUCACAGCGUACCACGAAGAUUGCAAGAAGCCCGGGUGGGCAAAAGGUCGAACAAGAAAACAGCUCUCAAAUUUGGAAGUAAAGAUGUAGUGCCGUUGAAAAUGGAAGAUGAGCUCCUCAACACUUGGAAAAACUCGCAUUCCAAUGUGAUAACAUCCAUUGCUCACGGACCGGAAAUAAUGGAGGAGGAAUAG